AUGGUAGUGCCGAGGGCGCAGCGCGGGCCGGUGCUCGUGCUGCUGCUGCUGCUUGCCGCAGCGCAGGCGGCACAGUCCGAGCACGGCAGGCGCUUGCUGCUGAGGCCUCUGCCGGGAGGCAGCCUGGGGUUGACGUGCCGCAACACGCUCCUUGGGCCCCACGAGUUUACCGAUGACCGCGGCUUGCUGUGCAAGGCGUCGGACCUCAACCACAAAACAGGCUGCUGCCGUACUGGCGCUAAGCACUCCUGCGGCACGUGCGACCUGCGGGACCGCUGCUGCGCGGGCUACGAGUCCUGCGUCUCGUGCUGCCUCGAGCCCGGCCACGGCGCCAAGGAGAGGCUGCCAGAGGUCUUCCGCGUGCCGGGCAAGAAGGCCUCUGGCACGUGGCAAUCCGAGUUUGAGCUGUGCGCCGCCGUCUGCCGCACGCACCGCUACUCGACCGCCCACGAGAACGCUUACAUCUCGCCGCGCCACCACUGCUUCUCCAAGCUCGGGAAGCCGAUGCUGUCACCGCCGCUACCGCCGGGCGCCCUGGCGGGCGUGGCUGUCGCGCUGGGCGCUCCGGGGUCGUCCUGCGACGCCACCUGCGAGCGCCACGGCCGCGCGUGCUCCCCGCGCCACUUGGCCCUGCUGGACAGCUGCGACCGGCUGCGGGAGAGCGCGGCCUGCGAGGCGGGCUGCGUGGAGGAGCCCCGGAUGCGUGCCUGGCAUCUUUGGCUGCUGCUUGCGGCGGCCGUGGCGCAUGCGGCGCCAGAUUUCCCCGAGGGCACAGAGCUGGUGUGCGGCUGCACGCUCGACCUGAAGCAAUGCGACGCCGUGUGGCGGUGGAUGGGCGGCGUCAAGAGCCUGAUCCCCGCGCCAAGUUGA